CUGGUGGAGCAGCAGACGUUAUGGCAAGUGUUUACCGAAAAUUAUUUGGAUUUGUAAAGGAAGAGCAUACAGACUUAUCUAUUCGAAUAACGCUACUGAGAGAUGAGAUCAGAAAGGAAAUUAUCCGUAAAUUUAAAAAGAAUUUGAAUAAAGAUGAGAUAAAUGAGCUGUUUAAAUGUGUGAUUAAGUCCCUGGAACAACUACACUUGUUAUCUGUUUACAAUAUACACUCAGGUGAAGACUUUGAUGUGGUAAUCAAGAAGGCUGUGUUCAAAGCAAAGAAUAAAUUGAAAUAUUUGCCGUUUUUGUUGAAGUGGACAAAAAUUUAUAGACACCUGAAUAACCUACUUUCAGACGGGAUUCUCUAUCAAGAUCUCCAUUUGGAAGUCUUUGCAACACAGAGAUUAUCCAGUGACUUAGAUCAUGAUGACAAUUCUUUCAUGGCAAGACAAAUGGAAGAUGAAAUGGACGGCUCAGGUGAAGAGAGUGACUUAGAAGUUGAUGAAUAUUUCGAGCAACUGAAAAGAGAAGAUGAAAUGGACAGCUCAGAUGAAGAGAGUUAAAAGAUAAAGACUGAAAUAUUAGACUCUAGCCUCAUAAUGACAGAUUCAUUUUACUAAUCUGGAAUUUUCACAUUUACAUAUUUUGCAGUGACUUACUUGAU